AUGUCCGCAAUGGCAGUCUGUCCUCCCUCUCUCCCUCUCUCCCUCUUCCGAACCCCAGCCCCAACUCCAAACAAGAUAGAUCCCAUACUCACAUCGUCCCACCAGGGCGACAACCGCUCCUCCUACCCCGAAGAAGCCUCCGACCCCAUCACCCCAACGCUGCACAACCCGUCCUUCAUCGACCACACCAAGGAAUCCGCCAGCAGCGUCGCGGAUCAGAUCGCCGCAGCCAUGCAGCCGGGGCUGAGUGAUGGCAGGGGAUACCUCGUCGACGAGGCGGCGGUUAUCGGAUGUGCCGCGUGGGAUGCGGGCGCAGGAAUGGCAGGAGUCGUUUGA